GGGAGUAGCAGAAACCCCACAAAAGGUGAGGCUGAGAGAUAGAGAUUUCCACCAUUUCUUCCCUUAGAUUUCCUCACACUCGCACACACCUCACUCUUCUUGAGAUUUCUUGAUUUUUUUUUUCUUCCCCUCUCCCCUCUGGCAUCCCCGCUUCUUUGAUCCCUUUCUGCAAAUCAUCUGUUUUCAACAAGUUUUCUGGACAAAAGAAACGAUUUUUAAUGCUUAUUUUAGAAAAUCUGUUACCAGAAGCAGGUGUUUUCAGAAACGAGAUCUUUUUGGUUUAAUUUAAUUUUUUUUUUUUUUGCUGCAAAAUUUAGAGGGCUUAUUAGUUGUCCCUCAAAGGUUUGAUCUUUAUCAAGCCUGUAAAAAAGGGGUUGUUAUUUGAAUUUCCCCUUUUUAAUUUCUAUUCUGUGUAUAUUUUUCUGGUGUUAAUUAAGAUUAAUAUUACCCUCCACCCUGUUCUUUAAUUUUGGUAAGAAUCAGGUGGACUUUAUAAUUUAUUUAUUUUUUAAAAAAUUAUUUUUGUUUGGAAGCUUUUAAGUUUAGGCAUGGCGGCUUCAAUGUGGAGUAGUAGUACAGGUGUAGAUGAAGCUUUUAAUGGCGGCGGUGAGCUCAUGGAAGCGCUUGAGCCUUUUAUGAUCAAGACGGCUUCUCCUCUUCUACCGCCGCCGCCUCCUCCUUCUUCUUCUUCUCUGUUCCCCUCUGAAACUUCUUCCUUUUACCCUUCUUCGUUUUCUUUCUCUUCUCCCUCUGUUUCUUAUCCCUGUGGUUAUGAUUAUUCCGGUUUUGGCUCGUCGGCGCCGGCCAUUACGAGCUCCGACGGUUGCUCCACCGCCGAUACCCAUAUGUUUUCUUCGCAGGGGGGUUCGGGCUUCGGGUUUGAGCAACCGGGGUGUAUCGGGCUGAAUCAAUUGACGGCCACUCAGAUGAACCAGAUCCAAGCUCACAUGAAUCUACCGGCGGGGCACGGGUUAAGUUCGGGCCCGUUUCAGGCUCAGUGGGCCCAGCAGCAGAGUCAUCAUCAGGCCCAGACGGUUAGCUUUUUGGGCCCGAGAGGUGUCCCCAUGAAGCAGUCGGCUUCGGCUGCGCCGAAGCCGACGAAGCUGUACAGAGGGGUGCGGCAGCGCCACUGGGGGAAAUGGGUGGCGGAGAUUCGGCUGCCCAAGAACCGGACGCGUCUCUGGCUUGGAACCUUCGACACGGCUGAGGAGGCGGCGCUGGCGUACGACAAGGCGGCUUACCAGCUCCGAGGCGAUCUGGCGCGCCUCAACUUCCCGCACCUCCGCCACAACGGCUCCCUCAUCGGCGGCGAUUUCGGCGAGUACAAGCCCCUCCACUCCUCCGUCGACGCCAAGCUCCAAGCCAUUUGCAAGAACAUGGCUCAGGGGAAGAGCAUUGACUCCAAGAAGUCAAAGGGCUCCUCGUCGUCUUCAUCCAAGCAACCCAAAGUCAAGGAGGAAGAGGCGGAGGAGAAGAGCAAGGCGGUGGAGCUUGGCUCCGACAGCUCCGGCUCCGGCGGCGCGUCAGACGAAUCAUCCCCAGUGUCGGAUCUCACAUUCCCAGACUUCACCGGGGAAGAAUCCACGUGGGACAUGUGCUCCGACCUGCACAAAUUUCCAUCUUACGAGAUUGACUGGGAUUCUUUAUAAUAAUCAUGUCAUCUUCCUUAAAAUUUGCAAAAAAAAAAAAAAAAAAAAAAAAAAAAAAACCCAGUAUCUACUAUCUAGUCAUCAGUGAUGUAAUCUUGAAUAGCUUGAUGUACUGGGGAGCCUACUGCAAUGGAGUUUUUGGCAAUUGCAGAAAAGGCUAUCCCUACCUUAUUAUUGUAGUCAUCAUUUCCUUUAAUUUUCAGUAGUUUUAUUAAUUUUAAUUAUUAAUUGUUCCCAACA